AUGGUUGAAGAGGCUGAUGAAUACAACAUCCGCAGCCUCGGUGUCCCCGGGCCGCCGGUGGCCGUGCUGGGGCCGCCACUUACCCCCGGGCACGCAGUGGGGAUCGCCCGGCUCCUGGGGCUCCGAGCCCGCUUCCUCGGCGCCUGCAGGUGCGGGGUGCGCGGGGGGCUCCCAAGAUACCUCCUCCUCUCGUGCCGGGCUCGGGGGCAGUUCCGGCAGCGCGAGGCUGCAGCACCAGCCGCGGUGGCAGCUCCCGGAGACCACCCCGGGCUGCAGCCCUCGGCCGCCAGGCGAUCGGAAGCGAAGAAGCUACUGGGGUUGGCGUACCCCGAGCGUUGGAGGCUGGCAGCCGCUGUUGGGUUUUUGACAGUGUCUAGUGUCAUCACCAUGUCUGCCCCUUUCUUCCUGGGGAAGAUCAUCGAUGUUAUUUAUACAGACCCCACUGUGGACUAUACCAGCAACCUGACCAGCCUCUGCCUGGUGCUCAGUGGUGUGUUUCUCUGCGGAGCUGCUGCGAAUGCCAUCCGUGUCUACCUCAUGCAGACUGCAGGUCAACGCAUUGUGAAUCAGUUGAGAACUUCGUUGUUCUCCUCUGUUCUGAGGCAAGAGGUUGCUUUCUUUGACAAGACUCGCACAGGCGAAUUGAUUAACCGACUCUCCUCAGACACUGCACUGCUGGGGCGUUCCGUAACUGAAAACCUCUCUGAUGGACUCCGGGCUGGGGCCCAGGCUUCUGUUGGCAUUGGCAUGAUGUUUUUUGUCUCGCCUAAUCUGGCCACUUUUGUUUUGAGUGUUGUGCCUCCGAUGUCCAUCCUUGCUGUGGUUUAUGGACGAUACCUACGGAAACUGACCAAAGUCACGCAGGACGCCCUGGCACAAGCCACUCAGCUAGCUGAGGAACGUAUUGGAAACAUAAGAACUGUUCGGGCUUUUGGGAAAGAAAUGACCGAAAUGGACAAAUAUACCAGCCAAGUGGAUUAUGUGAUGCAGUUAGCACGGAAAGAGGCCUUUGCUCGGGCUGGUUUCUUUGGAGCAGUGGGGCUCUCUGGGAACCUGAUUGUGCUCUCUGUCCUCUACAAAGGAGGGCUGCUGAUGGGCAGUGCCCACAUGACUGUGGGUGAACUCUCUUCCUUCCUCAUGUAUGCUUUCUGGGUUGGACUGAGCAUUGGAGGCUUGAGCUCUUUUUAUUCUGAGCUGAUGAAAGGACUGGGUGCUGGCGGACGCCUCUGGGAGCUCCUGGAGAGAAAGCCCAUUCUUCCUUUUAAUGAGGGAGCGCGUUUACAUGAGAGAGCCUUCCAGGGCACUUUGGAAUUCAAGAAAGUGCAUUUUGCCUACCCGGCCCGCCCCGAAAUGCCCAUAUUCCAGGAUUUCAGCCUCCUUAUCCCAUCAGGAUCUGUCACAGCGUUGGUUGGCUCUAGUGGUUCUGGCAAAUCAACUGUGGUUUCACUCCUCCUGAGGCUGUAUGACCCCAUUUCGGGAACGAUUAGCCUUGAUGGUUGUGACAUCCGUCAGCUGAAUCCUGUCUGGCUGAGGUCCAAGAUCAGCACAGUAAGUCAGGAACCAAUUUUGUUUUCUUGCACAAUUGCUGAGAAUAUUGCUUAUGGCGCAGAAGAUCCGGCCCUGGUGACAGCGGAGCAAAUAGAGAGGGCAGCGGAUGUGGCCAAUGCAGCUGCUUUCAUUCACAAUUUCCCUCAAGGAUUCGACACGGUGGUUGGAGAAAAGGGUAUUCUCCUCUCAGGUGGGCAGAAACAGCGGAUUGCAAUCGCACGUGCUCUACUCAAGAAUCCCAAAAUUCUUCUCCUAGAUGAAGCAACCAGUGCCCUGGAUGCGGAAAAUGAGUACCUUGUACAAGAAGCUCUGGAUCGCCUCAUGAAAGGGAGAACAGUGUUAAUUAUUGCCCAUCGUCUGUCCACUAUUAAGAAUGCUAAUAUGGUUGCUGUUCUUGACCAAGGAAAAAUUACUGAAUGUGGGAAACAUGAAGAACUGCUUUCAAAACCAGAUGGGAUGUACCGAAGAUUAAUGAACAAACAAAAUUUUAUGUCAGCAUAGUGAAAUAGUUGACUUGUAUUACUUCUUUAUGAAAUUGAAUGAGAAUUGAAAGCAGAACAGCAUUUCAAGAAAAAAACUGGAAAAUAUAUGAAAUCUGUAAUCAAACUUCAUUUCCCCAAAUGUAUAAAAAUUAUUUUGAAAUGUACCUGUCCUUAAGACCUUUUUAUUCAGAGUUUUAAUAAUUUUCUAAAUAUCUAUAGCACUGAAGUUAUUUUCAGGUUUUGUAUUUUACCUUGGAAUAUUAUAAUUAACAUAAAAUGCCAUUUCAUUUUAUUUUUCUUGCUGUUAUAGAUUGAAAACUAUUGUCAAAUGACAACUUUGAAAAGGGGAUUAUAAGUAAAAGCCUAAUUAUUUUAGGCCGCAUUACUAAUCGCUGUAAAAUUCUCUUAAUAGUAUUAUGCCCACUUUGUGUCUAAUGUUACUUGGUAGAUUUAAAAUUGGCUUGCGUCUAAUCUUCAUGCAAAGUGAAAAUCUAGCCCUCUUUUAAAAUCCUAAUCUCAUGAAGUGAUCCUAAUUAGCAUAUAUAAAUAGUUUACAUUAUUAAGUAGAGAGCAGAGAAAUUUUACAUUGCUAGUAUGUGUCUUAAAAGGUAUGAGAGUUUAGGGAUAUGUAUUAUGGGAUGUGAUUGUGUUUGAGUGCAUGUGAUUUUCAACAUUGCUGGUACAUGUGAUCCUAAUGACUGUUUAAAAAGAGAAGCCUUAUUCAUCACCCAGGAAAAUGUCUUCUGUGUUUGCAUGUAUGUGUUCCUGUUUAUUUUGGGAAACCAGGAUUGAAGUGCCAAGUCUUAGCAAGAUAAAAAUUAAUUUUACAUUUAAUUUGUCUGAAGGCAUGUAUUUAGAAAAGUAUCUUUUAAAAGUUUCUAAUUCCCAGGCAAAUUGAACUUUACAGCUUAUAUGCUUUUGAAAUUUUACUCAGGGAUGCUAAAAUCUGAAUAAUAUAACCAUAAUUUUCUAUUUAAAACAUUUGGAGAAAGUUUAGAAGUUCUUACUGUUCCACAAAGUAACCAACCAACCAUAAGACCUUGUUACUCUCCAGAAAAGACAACGUGAAUAACACUUUUUUAAUGGUAACAGUUUUAUUCACCUCCAUGUCUCAGAAACCUUAAAGCAAUGCUGAUGACCAUCGAAUCACCCACAUUUGGUGUCAUUGCUGUUAUUUUCAGGCUUUGUACUGUUAUCUUGCUGUUCUUUUGUUGUCACCAAGGAAUGAUGCCAAACUCUUAAGUAAUUAUGCUCAUAAAAUUAAAAUGGCAGUUUUCCCAGGUACUAAGGAAUCUAAGGAGCCCUGGUGGCAGUGAUUAAAGUGUUUGAGGUCAAUCAGUGGUUGACCAUCAGCUGCUCACUAGAAGAAGGAUGCUGUGGUCUGCUUUCAGAAAGACUGACCGCUUUGGAAACCGGUGGGGCAGCCGACCCUGUGUUCUCGGGUCAUUCCGAGUCAUAAUCAACUAAGGCAAAGGGAGGGGGUCCUAGUGGUCCAGUGGCAAGUGCUGUCUGAAAAUCUGACAGCUUCAAUCCUCAAGCCACUUAGUGGGAGAAAGAUUUGACACUAGGAUCACUAGGAGUUGUGGACUCAUUCAUUCCCUAAUCAGACUGGCCAAGGAAACCACUAUGUCAUGACAAACACUGACUUAUUUCAUUCUACCUAUAGAUGUUUAUUGAUGAAUAAGAUAAAUUGAAUGAACGAAUGAAGUCAAUGUUCUUUGCGGUAGUACAUCUCUGACAAUCAUUCUAACAAGCUGCAUUCUUUGUGCAGUGUACUACUCUGGUAUUCCAAAGGCAGACAACCAAUGACCAAGCUGAGUCUUGGGGAAUCUGUUUGUGCCACAGAAGUAGUUACAAAUUGAGUUGGAUCACUAUAUGUAUUUUUUUCUAAUGCAAGAUGUUUUAAUUUUAUUUCUAAGGGAAAUUUUAUAUCAUGAAUUAAAAUUUAUAGUGAAUUUUA